AUGAAGACCACCAUCUUUAUUACCUCUAUUUUUGCUGCCCUUGCGGUCGCCUCUGAAACUUUACAUCCAGCUGAGCAGCGCGGGGUCGACAUUGGUAAUGACUUCGCUCAGCGCUGGCUGGAGCAGGGAGGCAAAACGAUCGAGAAACGCUGCAACAACGAUGAUUUUGCUUUGUGCAUUGCUGGCUGUCAGACUGGCUGCGCUGGUUGUCUGCCAGGUUGCGGAGGCAGUUGCAUUGCGAUCUGCCACAGGUUAGCGGACAAGGAGAUUGUUGAAGGGUUUCCAAUGACUGUGAACGGGUUCCGGAAUUGA